UUUCCUUAACUUUUUUUGCACAUAUUUUGUGAUGAUGGGAAUCCUGACUAUCUAUACCUCAUACAAAGAAAAGAGUAUUUUCCUUGUAGCUCACAGAAAAGACCCCGCGGGGAUGGACCCCGACGACGUUUGGCAGCUCUCCUCCAGUCUCAAACGGUUUGAUGACAAGUACACCCUGAAGCUGACUUUCAUCAGCGGGAAAACCAAACAGCAGAGGGAAGCCGAGUUCACCAAAUCCAUCGCGAAAUUCUUCGAUAACAACGGGACGUUGGUGAUGGAGGCCUACGAGCCAGAGGUGUCCAAGCUGCACGAUAGUCUGGCCCUGGAGAGGAAAAUAAAAUGAUUUCUG